CUCAGAGCUCAUUUACCCGCUGGCGGGACAACACACAACACCCCAACACCCUCACCUCUACACACACCCCUGGGCUUGGGCACAAUGGAGCUGGGCCCGGCAACGGCAGCAGGUGGACCAGGUGAGGACGGCCACGCCCUUUUGGCCCGUUUCGAGCGGGCACUGCGGCUGGUCGUCCGUGAAUUCCACGUUGACGUCGCUGCCUUCAAGCGAUCUGUGGAGCAGCGUCUGAACGAGGCCUGCAAGGACACCGAACCUCUGGCCAGUACAGUCGCCAAGCUCCAGGAGGAGAACCAGCAGCUGAAGGAGAGGCUGGAGGCUCUUGCCCAGCUGGUGGAAGCCCUGCCUGGGAUUCAGAACCUAGCAAAUUCCCAAAAGAACCAGGAUGAGCUCCAGCUUCUCCAGAACAGUGAUGUCCAAACUCAAGCUCAAGCUCAAGCCCAAGCCCAGAGCCAGGGGGGUCAAAGCUGCAGUCCAGGAACAGCAUCCCCCAUAGGGGACGGUGGGAUGGACGACCAGAUCAGCACCUACUCGGCCCCUGGAUCUGUGUGUGUAGAUACGGUGUCAACCUCCUCCUGGAGCUCCACCACUGCAUCCACUGUAAUCAUGGAUACCAACUAUCAGGCCAGUCUUAUAUGCAGAGAUGAGGAGGAGAAGGAUGUAGAAGAAGAAGAAGAAGAAGAAGAAGAAGAAGAAGAAGAGGAAGAAGGGCAAGACCCUUUAGCUUCAGCUGGGCUGGAGAAAACCCAUGAAAAAGAUUCCUCUCAAGAAUUGGAAAAAAUGGUGCCACUGGUCAGCAGCCAGCUUUCAGACUCUCUGACCAUGGCAACCCCUCAACACCUCCCUCUCAACACGGCGCCCAGACCUGAAUCACCUGGAGGAAGCGAAUAUUCUGGAUACUCUGGAUAUUCUGGAUACUCGCAGGAAGUGAUGUCAUCAGUAGCCAGUCAGCAUGUGACCUCUGUGGCCAUGACUUCCAGACAGCGCCCUGUUACAGCGACGAGCAGAGCGAAAGAUCUGGCUGUUUAUAAGAGAUCCAAAUCACAGAUGUCUCUGGGUGAAAUUCGUUCUCAGACCACUGCUUCCAGCCAAAGCCUCGCACAGUCAUCUACAACAGAUUUCAACUCAGUCCAGUCUACUACAACACCACAGCUCAACCAGUCAGACUCAAAUGUCCUUACAAGAAAUGCCAUUGUCAAUUCUACUCUGAAAACUGAAACCCAGGAAAUGAAGUCAUCAAGCAACAGCCAAGCCACUAUAUCCAACUCUUUAAUGGCAGAGUCCCAAACAUCUGGAGGUGUCAAUGGAAGCUCACAAAGCCCUAGAUCUCUGAACCCCUGGAGGACACAAACCAACCUGAGCUCCACUCUUAACAAAACUACAAACCAAACCACACAAUCCCACCAUCAAACCGAGAGAACCAUGGAAGGACUGGAGGUAAAGUCAGACAUCAGUUUCCAACAGACACCAGAUUCUGUAACAGUUCCUAGAAGCCCAAGAAUCCCAGAAACACCAAAGAAUCAAAACUCUAUGCCUACCAUGAUCCAACCUCCAUCACAGACCGAUCAACCUAAUCCUGAGAACGUUCAACCCAAGGCAGUUACAGAAGUAUCUUCUUUUACAAAUGGAGACUCUUUGGAGUUGCAUAAAGUGAAUUCUGCAAGCGACUGUUUGGAAAAUGCCCCUGCAACGAGUCCUAAAGCUGUACAAGCAACCAAUCACAGCGCUCUGAAACAGUCAGCAACUUUCAGCCAAUCAACAUCAGAGACAACUACAUCUGCAGAGGAAGCAUCUUUCUCCAUUAAACAGCACAUUAAUGCCACGGCCAAACUGUCAGAUUCUUCCUUCAGAACUGAACGUUUGCUGUCAUCACGAGUAAUAAGACCAAUGGGCAACGUUCAAUCGGACCUGGUGACCAUGGCUAUACCACAGCAACCUGCCAGCUCCAAGACUGUACCCAUGAGCCCAAAACCUCUAAGAUCAACCAAUCAGAGCCCUACUCCAUUCAAAUCAACACAUUUUGGUCAAUCUGCUUCUGAAUCCAGUACAUCGGUAAACGGCUAUCACGUGACUCCAUUCUCUGUGACCUCUCAGAUUCAGGCUGCCUCUUCUACUAGUUUGGAAUCUUCUGUAAGAGAAGAACAUUGUCAUUCUGCCAGAUCAACCAUUCAACAGACACAACAACCAACCAAUGUUCCUAUGAGCCCCAGAUUUCUGAGAUCAACCAACAAAAGCCCUACUCCAUUCAAGACAGCAUCCACACCAACACCCUACAGACCUGUGAAUGGCCCUGGUUCAGACACUCUGGUGUCCUCAAUGAACAUUCAGUAUGAAGCAGCAGAAGUUUCUUCUUCUGAAAAUAGACCUGCGUCAAGUCUAAAUGUUCCCCUGAGCCCAAAUUCUCAGACUAAAUCAAUAAGUUUUAACCCAGCGCAGACUUCUACUGACAACCUGAAGCUCACAAAUUCUAUUUCCUCCAACUUUAAUCUUACCCAGUCUGGCACCACUAGUCUGAAUCCUACACAGUCUCCUAAUACUACCAAGAAACCCCUGUUUGGUCAGUUAGCUCCAUCUCCUUCAAUGCCUAACAUUACUAAAUCUGGUCCAGAUAAACCAGCUGUCAGUAACGUAUAUCAAGAAUCUUCCACCAUGGGUACCCCUCAGUCUCCCGUCUGCUCCAUGACCCGAGUAAGCCCUCAGAUACCCAGGAGGCUGAUGACCUACAACCACGCCCAAAGCUCAACGUCCAGUCUCAGCCGCGCUCAGUCUGUUAUUCAGCUCUCAGCUGCUGGUUUAAACUCUGCAAAGACUAAUAACAUAACCUCACAGCUCAACGGAGCCUCUUUACCACCAACCACAGCCCAAUAUGCAUCUUCAGCUCAACAGCAAGUGAGAUCAGCUGUGAAUAACCUAUCUGCGGUCCCUCGUACCAUGUCCCAGCCUCAGCUGUCCAUUGGUUCUCUAAGCAGACGUUCUGAAUCACCUUCUGGAAGUGAAUACUCUGGCUACUCUUCAGUAUAUUCUUCAGCAUCACAGGAAGUGAGGUCAUCAGUGAACAGUCACAAUGGAACGUCCGCCCAGCCUGCCCUGACUGCUUUAAUUCGCAUGAGCCCCAGAACUCACAGGAGACCAGCCAAUCACAGCUCAGCACUGUCUUCUACAAUGUCACAGAUAGACAUCUCUCCAACCUCACAGGAAAUGAGGUCACUGUCUCGUAUGUCCUCCCAACUUCAGCUAAACUCUUUAACUAGACGAGCAGAUUCCCCUUCUGGAAGUGAAUAUUCUGAAUAUUCCUCAGUUUAUCCCUCGGCUUCACAGGAAACGAGUUCAGUAAUUGAGGCUCAGCGUAACCAUGCAUUUGCAACCACAGCAUCCCCCCAAGCUCCUCUCACUGCUAUGACUCGCAUGAGCCCUAAGCCCUUCAGGAGAUCCACCAACACUACCCCUGCCCUGCCUAACCCAUCCCCUCCACUAAAGGCCAAAGUGUUUGGACAUUCGACGCAGAAUACUAACUCAUUUCCAUCAUCCAUCACUGAAUCUACUGUUGAGUCUGGGAGCUCAGUGAUGUCACAGGAAGUGAAGUCAUUGAUCAGCAGCCAGUAUUCAUCCAUGUCAAUGCAAAAUCUGACCAGCGCACACAUCACCCAGGACAACCCGAUCCCACAAAGCCCAAAGUCUUUCAGCAGACCCACCAACCUCACCGAGCCUUCUCCCGGCUCCACCCCCCACUUUAACCCUCUGCUCUUCAGUCCAUCCGCUACAGACCCAGCUCCUCCCAGACCUACUUCAGACUCUCCCAGCAGACCCGUGUCUGCAGUAAAGCCAUGGACCUCCAGCCAGAAGAUAAACACAGGUUUAGCCAGCUCUUCUGAUAAGACCACAACCUUUUCCAAGUCAAUUUCGUUCUCUGAUUCUAAAGAAGUCAAUGAAACUUUUAUUAAGAAGUCCAGCACUCUGGCUGCUGGGAGGAGUCUGGUGAAUUCACUGACGUUGCCGAGAAACAGGGGCUUCCAGGAAAAGCAGGCCCUGUUUGAAAGGAUGGAUUCUAAUCCGAGCAGAGCAAAGAGUUCUGAGUCAAAGCCGAAACUCAAAAGAUCUCAGAGCUGCGACGCAUCCAGCGCCAACAGCAUCAAGCAGCUUCUUCUGGAGUGGUGCCGCUCCAAAACUGUUGGCUAUGAGCACAUAAACAUUAAUAACUUCUCCUCCAGCUGGAUUAAUGGAAUGGCCUUCUGUGCUCUGGUCCACUCCUUCUUCCCCAAUGAGUUUGACUACAAUGAACUGAACCCGGCUCACCACAAACACAACCUCGAUUUAGCCUUCACCACUGCUGAGGAGAAAGCAGACUGCAUUCGCUUGAUUGAAGUGGAUGACAUGAUGGCCAUGGGGAAGAAUCCUGACCCCAUGUGUGUGUUUACGUAUGUGCAGUCUUUGUAUAACCACCUGAAAAGAUUUGAGUGACAGCAUAGUUUCUAACCGCCCUUUUUCUUUUUUUCAGUUUUGGUUUUGUUUCAAAAUUUGUGGUACAUUUGUCUUAAACCUGUUGCAACAUUUAUUGAAAUAAAACAUUAGCCAACAAGUUAUUGGUUUUAAGUGACCACUGGAGAUAGAGAAACAUAGAUCACACAGUGUGAUUACUAUAGGGCCGCUGUCUGAAUGAGUCUACCAUGCUGUUUGAUUUUACAGGUAUUUUACAUUAAGGCUUAUAGUGGCUUUACACUAAGCGCUGUAGUGUAGAGAGGAUGAUGAGAUUGUCACAGGAACUGUUUAUUGGAAAGGUAAAGAAAAGGUCAGAGUGUGUCCCUCAGAUGAAAAGGGACGAGUGUGUGUAUUCGAGGGACAAGUUUGAAACAUUAUCAGUGGCUAGGAUUUUGAAGAAAGCGAUUUUGUGAGCCAGGAGAUGUGUUAAGUGUUCCUUUUGCAGUCUCUGAAGGGGGGUCAUUAAUUAACAAUAGCUGAAUCUAAUAUUUUUGGUAUAAAUGUGUGUGAAAAAAGAUGGUUAGGAAUCUAUCUAUCUAUCUAUCUAUCUAUCUAUCUAUCUAUCUAUCUGAUUAUUCUGUUUUUCAAUGCUUGAUCUUCACAGUGUAUCAGAAUUUCAUAAUAAAUGAAGCAAUACAAAUGCUCCAAAACGACUUGGAAAAUACCAUUUUACAUUGACUUCCAUUAAAAAGUUUAAAGAAGUGUAAAAAUAAUUGUUUCUAUUGUUUCAUUUAUCAUGAAGUUCUGUUGCAACAUUAAAGACAGAUUUCUUUCUUUUUUAGUAUACCUAAUAAGUCUUAAUAUUUAUAACCUGGGAUUAAAACAUGUCUUAAUAUUUUACAUUUGUUGAAUUUCUAAUAAUGAGUAAACAUAAUAAAAUGACAUGUCUUACAUUCUGUUAACUUACUGUUAAUGGGCUGGAAUUGUAAGCAACAUUUUUAAGUAGUUAUCUCAUUAAAAAUCAUAGCAAACCAUUGCAGAAAUUGCAUUUUGUGUUUUAGGCAACAGAGAAAAAAUGGUGUCUGAUCAUUUUAAAACUUUCUUAAUUUAUGUUUCCCAGUAAUCAAACAAUUAAUAAAAGCUUAAAGAUUUGA